GUCUCCGGAAACGCGAUUCGCAGCGGGCGCCGGAAGCGGUCUUGUGUCUGCAGCUCUGGCAGAGGACUGUUCCACUAGACACGCUGAAGGGACUGGGUACGUGUUUUCCUUCAGGACCAGAGCUGAGAGGAGCCGGGAUCGCGGCGGCAAUGGAACGGGCCUCAGAAAGGCGCACGGCCAGCGCGCUUUUUGCGGGGUUCCGGGCCUUGGGACUUUUCAGCAAUGACAUUCCACACGUGGUGCGGUUCAGCGCGCUCAAGCGCCGGUUUUAUGUAACAACCUGCGUGGGCAAGAGUUUCCACACCUAUGACGUUCAGAAACUUAGCCUGGUUGCAGUAAGUAAUUCUGUUCCACAGGAUAUCUGCUGUAUGGCAGCUGAUGGCAGAUUAGUCUUCGCUGCUUAUGGAAAUGUUUUCUCUGCAUUUGCCCGUAAUAAAGAGAUAGUACAUACCUUUAAGGGUCAUAAGGCAGAAAUCCAUCUCUUACAACCCUUUGGAGACCACAUUAUCUCUGUUGAUACUGACAGCAUUCUUAUUAUUUGGCACAUAUAUUCAGAAGAAGAAUACCUGCAGUUGACUUUUGAUAAAUCAGUAUUUAAAAUUUCUGCAAUUUUGCAUCCAAGUACCUACUUGAAUAAAAUACUUCUGGGCAGUGAACAAGGAAGCCUGCAGUUGUGGAAUGUAAAAUCCAACAAACUUCUAUAUACAUUUCCAGGAUGGAAAGUUGGAGUGACAGCUCUUCAGCAGGCACCAGCCGUGGAUGUUGUUGCUGUUGGUCUUAUGUCAGGUCAAGUUAUCAUUCACAACAUUAAAUUUAAUGAAACGUUAAUGAAAUUUCGUCAAGACUGGGGACCCAUUACUUCAAUUUCAUUUCGCACAGAUGGUCAUCCAGUAAUGGCAGCUGGAAGCCCAUGUGGCCAUAUUGGACUCUGGGAUCUAGAAGACAAAAAAUUAAUCAACCAAAUGAGAAAUGCACACUCUACAGCAAUUGCCGGACUGACAUUUCUCCAUAGAGAGCCACUUCUUGUCACAAAUGGCGCUGACAAUGCUCUCAGGAUAUGGAUAUUUGAUGGUCCUACAGGUGAAGGCCGACUUCUGAGAUUCAGAAUGGGUCAUAGUGCUCCUCUUACCAAUAUCAGAUAUUAUGGACAGAAUGGACAGCAGAUUCUAAGUGCAAGUCAAGAUGGAACUCUUCAGUCAUUUUCCACGGUACAUGAAAAAUUCAAUAAGAGCUUGGGACAUGGAUUAAUAAAUAAAAAGAGAGUUAAACGUAAAGGACUUCAGAAUACCAUGUCGGUGAGACUUCCACCCAUCACAAAAUUUGCAGCAGAGGAAGCUCGUGAAAGUGACUGGGAUGGCAUCAUUGCUUGCCAUCAAGGUAAGCUAUCUUGCUCAACCUGGAAUUAUCAAAAAUCUACAAUAGGCGCUUACUUUCUCAAGCCAAAAGAGUUGAAGAAAGAUGACAUAACUGCAACAGCAGUGGAUAUAACUUCUUGUGGAAACUUUGCUGUAAUUGGCCUCUCAUCAGGAACUGUAGAUGUAUAUAACAUGCAGUCUGGCAUACAUCGAGGAAGUUUUGGCAAGGAUCAAGCUCACAAGGGAUCUGUUAGAGGUGUCGCAGUGGAUGGAUUAAACCAGUUGACAGUUACAACUGGUAGUGAAGGAUUACUCAAAUUCUGGAACUUUAAAAACAAAAUUUUAAUCCAUUCUGUGAGCCUCAAUUCAUCUCCAAAUAUCAUGUUGCUACAUAGGGACAGUGGCAUUCUGGGACUCGCCUUGGAUGACUUCUCCAUUAGUGUUCUGGACAUAGAAACUAGGAAGAUUGUCAGAGAGUUUUCUGGACACCAAGGCCAAAUAAAUGACAUGGCUUUUAGUCCUGAUGGUCGUUGGUUAAUAAGUGCUGCGAUGGAUUGCUCUAUUAGGACUUGGGACCUUCCUUCUGGGUGCCUUAUAGACUGCUUUUUGUUGGACUCGGCUCCUCUCAAUGUUUCUAUGUCUCCUACUGGAGACUUUCUGGCAACUUCCCAUGUGGACCACCUUGGAAUUUAUCUAUGGUCCAAUAUUUCCCUGUAUUCAGUUGUUUCAUUACGGCCACUUCCUGCAGAUUAUGUCCCUUCAGUAGUAAUGCUUCCUGGUACUUGUCAAACCCAAGAUGUAGAAGUAUCAGAAGAAACAGUAGAACCAAGUGAUGAAAUGAUAGAAUAUGAUUCACCAGAACAGUUGAAUGAGCAAUUGGUGACUCUUUCACUUCUUCCUGAAUCACGAUGGAAAAACCUUCUUAAUCUUGAUGUUAUUAAGAAAAAGAAUAAACCAAAGGAACCACCCAAAGUACCCAAAUCAGCACCAUUUUUCAUUCCAACAGUUCCUGGCCUUGUACCCAGAUACGCUGCACCUGAACAAAAUAGUGAGCCCCAGCAGUCUAAAGUGGUAAAUCUUGGAGUUUUGGCUCAAAAAUCAGAUUUCUGCUUGAAACUUGAAGAAGGACUGGUAAAUAAUAACUAUGACACUGCUCUCAACCUUCUGAAAGAAUCAGGCCCAUCAGGAAUUGAAACAGAGCUGCGAAGCUUGUCUCCUGAUUGUGGUGGGUCUAUAGAAGUUAUGCAGAGCUUCUUGAAAAUGAUUGGGAUGAUGCUGGACAGAAAGCGUGAUUUUGAGUUAGCCCAGGCAUACCUUGCAUUGUUUCUAAAGUUACACCUUAAAAUGCUUCCUUCAGAGCCAGUACUCCUAGAAGAAAUAACAAAUUUGUCAUCCCAGGUGGAAGAAAACUGGACCCAGUUGCAAUCACUCUUCAAUCAAAGCAUGUGUAUUUUAAAUUAUCUCAAAAGUGCUUUGUUAUAACAAUAAAUUUGUGACUAAACAAA